AGUCCAUGUUGAUUGACAGCCUUCUCAUGCACCGCUUCGUGCCUUCGACCGCGCGAGCAUACCUCCAGAACGCAAAACAAGCGAGACGCGCAUUUACGCCUUACCCAUCAAGUUCGGCCACGUUUAGAACGGCGGCGAUAAAUAUGGCUUCCUCAAAGCUCGAAGACGCCGCAAAGCGUGCCUCGGACAUCACUAUCGACCCUGAAGAUCCCACGAAAGACAGCAAUGCCCAGCCACUACCUCUCCCGCCUCCACCAACAGAAGACGAAGCACGAAAGCUGGAUAUAUCAAGCGGCGAAGCGAGCGUGAAAAUGGAUCAUCUUGGUCCGCUGGUAGUCAAUAAGGAUGGCACAUUGUCAAGGAUAGGCAAUUGGGAGCAGAUGACGGAGCUUGAAAAGAAGAAUACGUUGAGGAUAUUGGGCAAGCGGAAUCAGCUACGGACUGAGGCAUUAAAGGCUGGAGAGGGCGAGCAAGGGGCGGAAGGGAGCUGAGAACCUACCCUUACACUGGACUGUCGCGAAUGACAUCAUGUAUCAACAGCAUGUUGCCCUCCGCAGGUGACAAUGCAAGAAACAAUUCUU